GAUUAUUCAUGCUGCUCUGGCAUACAUCAGUGUACAUGCGCUAUACGGACGGACCGACCUACAUAAUUACUUCCCGCUCCCCUCUCUCCCUCUCCCUCUCUUAUUUGGCUGUCCCUCACCCCCGUCCAAUAUCCUCUUCAUCUGACCUAUCUUCCUUCCUCUUCACCUCUUCACCCUCCUUCCCUCUUCGCUCCUCCUCUUAUACAUAUCUCCCCCGCUCCCAUCGCCGUCUUCGGUCCGACGUGUGCAGACAUCCACCUAUUCUACGCAACCGCAAAAGGAGAGACCGCAAGAUUGUUCUGCUUCUUAUUAUAUUCGAUUCGACGUCCAUGAUCACGCUGCGGAAUAUCGGCUGACUUGUGCGCAAAAUUGUUUGCUGUCUUAUUGACCGAGCUUCCGCCUUGCGUCUACAACCCGCUCACCUCCAACCUCCAAAUUUCACGCACUUCCGCCGCGGUGAUCAUCCCGCUUUUCUUUACCCACCAUGGAGCCGGGUUUUGAUACCAUGGCCAUGCCAUAUCUGGCCAGUCCUAUUCCCCUAGGAAAUAUGCAGGGCACCGAUUAUCUCAGCUCCAUGCCUGGCAUGGACCUGCACGACCAGCGGUCAAACUUUGACGCUGAAACUUUUAUCAGUGGCGACGAUAUGAGCUUCUCCCAGGCUAAUAUGCCUCAAUUGCGCCGCUUCAACUCCUACGACGACGCCUUUCCCCCGCCGCCAGACAUGCUUGCUCCUCCUUUCGAGUCCGUCCCUACCGAACAAAACGCCGAUUCGAUUGACACCAACCACAAACUGCUUUCCUUCUCCCUCCCGGUGUACGGCUUCACCUUGCUUGACUACUCUCUCCGCCGCACCUCGCUCAACGUGUCUGCUCAAUUGCAUGGCAUGUUCUUCCUAGCCGAGUCUCCCUGGACGAAUUCUCCCACCGAGGUGCCCCCUCCCCAGAUCGCUGAGCUCACCUGCUACCGCCGAAAUCUGUUCCAGAUUACUGGCUCCGUCACCCUUCCCCGCAGCCUGCGCUACAUCAUGACCGAACAGGGAGAUCGCAUUCCCAUCCUCGCCCAAGAGUUGACCGUCUCUGCCACGGAAUCCGUUGAGGGAAACCCAGUCAAGAUCAUUUCCGUCCCCUGGAAGACCCCAGCAGCCGCUGCUGCCAAUGGUAGUGGUGCCGCACCUCCUCCAACGCCAGAGGAAAAGGCCGAGAAAGAGCCACCUUCGAUUCCCUUGGACACCAUGGCUGCCGGACAAGAUAUGGACUCAGACUACGCUACCUUCCCCAUCGCGUGGAAGCGCUUGCAAUUCCGUAUUGCAACUGCUAACAACGGCCGCCGUAAGGAGUUGCAACAGCAUUUCGUCGUCCGCCUCAAGGUUGUCGCGACCUUGUCUACUGGUGCCAAAAUCCCCAUUUGCGAAGUCCAUUCGGGCCCCGUCAUCGUCCGUGGUCGUAGCCCACGCAAUUUCCAGUCGCGCAAAGAUCUUCCUCUGAGCGGAAGCGCUGCUUCGUCGCGAAAGAACCAGCAAGCUGCUGCUCGAAAUGCCGCCGAGGCUCAGGCAAAGGCUGCCGCCGCAGCCGCCGCCAAAGCAAAUACCACAUCCCCGUCGGAGAUGUCUCAAAUAUACCCCUUUGAUGCUGCAGGCAUUCCGCAGCCACCAUCGACCUCUUCUCCUCCCUUUGCCGACUGGACUCAUAUCCCGGCUGCGGUCACCACCAGCGCGAUGGCCACGCCUACAUUCGCUCCAUCUCAUGGAAUCCCCGCCUAUCCCCAAUCCAGUCCGAGUGUGACUCGCAGCACGGAACACCGACCGAACGCGGUGGGUACACCACCGAUCAACUUAUCUCUGGCAGACGAGGACUUCAAAACGCCCUUGAAACAAGGAGACUCACAACGCCCUGCGACAUCGCGUGAAAACAGUUCUAACCAUCUCCCUCUCGCUGGUCAGAAGCGGUCCAGCCCUGAUGCCGCCGGCGCUCCGCCGGCUAAGAUACAAAAGAUGGCCCCGACGGCCAUCUCACGUCCUCGACCGGUGCGUUCGUCUUCGGCGAACCUGCCGUUACUUCAUACAAACUCGGCCCCGAUGCAACAGCCUUUCCACGCGGCGCCAUCUUCAUAUCCAACUUCAGUGCCAUACUCGGGAGAAACCGCGGAUUUGCUAUACGAGUACUUUCCCCUGAGCGUAGAUGACUGGCAAGCGCCAGUCGACGCAGUCUACCGACCACACGUGGUCCAUCACACACAUAUGCCAGUUGACUACAAAUUCAUGGCAGCCCGCAAUCGAAGCAAACGCUAUUUCGCUGCCGAAGACGUUUGCUAAUCUUUUCUAUUCUGCUAUUCUGGUACAUAAAUAUCUGUCAUAAUACAUACGACCCUGAGAGUACAUGACGAGGGAGGGACGAAUAUCACGAUAUGCUAUAAAAGAGGCGCAGUCUGGCGUGUUGCAUAUGUUUCGUUUUUUUGUUUUCUUUCCACUCUAUUCCACUUGAUUAUGGAUUUUGAGAUUCCCUAUUUGCACGACCAGCGAUUCCCAGGAAGUAUUUGUUUUGGAUUUGGUUGGAGUUAUUACGUCUGUUUUUGGGCUGGUUUUUGUGUAUGUUUUUGUUUUUGGUUUGGUUUUGGUCUGGCUAGGUGUUCAGCUUUCCAUGGGCGGUUGUUGGAUAUCUUUGUAUGUCUUAAGAGAAUGACGCUGUACGAUAUAUACGAUUUUGUGCGGUCAAUAUUAGCUGAAGCCAGCUUUCUAUCAUACCUACAUCUAUCCUCAUUACCUUGAAACCG